CGAUAAUCUUGUUUUAAUUGUAUUCUGGUUUGGUUCUGUUUAUUAUUUUUGUUUUUUUCUAUCGUAGGGUUUAAAUGACUCAAUUAUAAUGAAAGAUAAACAGAACUCCAUAAAAUGAUCGCGUUAGUCUGUGCAGAAAAUAUUGAAAUGUUUUCUGGUGUGUUUAGCUUCUGAAAGGUUUUAUCCUAUUCAUUGAUUUUUUGUUGACUGUGGAUUUAAUAAAUUAAGAUGAUUAAUCUCGUGAAUCUCCCUGAAGUGGUUUUAGAGAAGAUUUUCUCAUUUUUAACUUAUGACAGUAUCGCUCAAAAUAGAGUUGUAUGUAACAAAUUUAACGAAAUCGGUAGCAAAAUGUUGAACAAAGGAUAUUAUGCUGCUGAUCGUUUUCAUGGCAAAACCCUUAAAGCAAUUAAAGCCAAGUUACCAAGAAGAGAGUCUGAAAGAAGGGUUCAUCCUCUAGCUAGGCAAUGUGAUAUUUUAAUCGCUAUUGAGACUCGUUUGUCAAUGUUAGCUAUGACAUUUACAAAAUGGAUGGAUGCGAAAUUGUGUUGUUUCAUCCCAGGAAAGGUUAUUGAUGAAAUAAUGCGUGUGUUGCGAUGUGUUGCCAAUAAUCCUAGUCCUCCACGUGCUCAUGAAAUUCUUCAGGAGCUUAGAGAUAUAUCAUCAAUGGCAAUGGAACAUUUCGAUGAAAAAAUUCUACCUACUCUUAAAAUGUCGAUGGGUGUUCCUCCAUUUUUGCAAGUUAUUUUUGUUACAGCUGGUUCAAGCCGAGCUGAUGAAGAAUUGACCUUAGUGCCAAAACAGCGACUGUGUGUUUUUCCUCUUCAUCCUUCAAGCGGUACAGUAUCAGUUGCAGAAUUCAAUAAGUUAGUCGUCAGGGAAUCUAUUAAUAGAAAAAAGAUAAAGGCUCAAGCUGAAUUGAUAAGUAAACAAGCAAAUGAGAUCUCAGAAUUGCGGAAGCAUGUUGAAGAAUGGGAAGCCAAGUUACGAGACCUUACCGCAAACUUAAUAAAAGCCAAAGAUCUCCCAGGAAAUUCUUCUGCUAUCGUGUCUACUAGACAGAGUAGGAAAAGGAAAAGCGAAGAUGAAAGGAUUAUAACAAAUAAAAAAUGUAAAAAAGGCGAUCAUAGAAAAAAUAGAUCUGGUAGAAGCAGAGAUAUGCUGAUUUGUAAAUGAAUGAUUUAUUUCUAUGUCAGUGUGUUUUUAUGUCAUUUUAUACGUGAUAUGUGUAUUUCGUAAAGUCCUCU